AUGAUAAAGACUCAGGCUGAUGUUACUGUGAAAGAAUUAUGUACAGAUGGUGGCAAGGAGUUCCAUAAUAAAGAUGUGCAAAAAUUUGCUGGCUCAAUUGGCCUGAAACAUUCAGUCACAGCACCAUAUACGCCUCAACAGAAUGGAAUUGUUGAACAGGAAAAUAGAAUCCUAGAUGUAAAGUUCAGUUGCAAGCCAUUACAGAAAGCUCUUAUCAGUACUAAAAAGUCUAAAAGGGUUGUUGAAAUAUCAGCUAUAGAUAAGAACGCAGAUAUUUUGGAGACUGAACAUGAUGUUGGUUUUGAAGAGGACUCCAUGAACCAAGAUGUUGCUAAAAUUGAUGAAAGUCUUAACAGCCAGUCAUAUGACACUGAGGAAGAAGUUGGAAGUAACUUGGAAGCAAGAAAUGAGGAAAGAGGGAGCCACAAUUUAUGUGAACGGCGAAAUUUUAAGAAACCAUCUUGUUACUGCGAAGAUUCAGUUCAUCAACCAAGAAUGAUGUUUCUUUGUGAGACACCAAGAAGCUAUAAAGAAGCAUUGCAGUCAGAGAAUUCUGAAGAAUGGACGAAUGUAAUGGAGGAAGAUAUGGAUGCUCUAAAGAAAAAUGGAACAUGGGAAUUAGUUUUCAAAAUUAAACCAAACAACAUGAUUAGAAAUUGA